GAUAUAGGGUAAGAAUUCAGCUUAUACAGUUUGAAAAUAUGUUAAACUGAUCUUAUGAUAUAUAUGAUUUUAGAUCUAAGGCAAUGAGGAAAGCUUCAAAAGUCCAGUCUUCGUCAUCUUUUGCAGCACCGGAUCAGGACGAGAAUACUCUUUUGACAGGGCUAAUAGAGGCCUUGAAAGAUCAGAAUCGCCUUCAAGGUGAACAUAUGAGAGCAAUACUUCAGGCUAAUGGAAAUAAUCAUAACAACCAGGAAGGAGGUCAAGCCCCUAUAUAUAAGCUUUAUAUAGAGCAAUUCAUGAGCUUUAAGCCAGCAGAUUUUAAAGGGAGCACAGAUCCUAUUAUUUCUAAAGAAUGGAUGCAGUCCAUGGAGACUAUCUUUGAGUUUAUGCAGAUUACUGAGGCAGAAAGGGUCAGGUGUGCCACUUUUAUGCUUAAAGAUGAUGCGAGAAUAUGGUGGCAAGGAGCUAAGGUAGCCCUUGAUCUUAACACCAUAACAUGGAGGGAGUUUAAAGAGGUUUUUUAUGGAAAAUACUUUACUUUAAGCACCCGAAACAAGCUAACCCGAGAAUUUCUGGAAAUUAAGCAAGGGGAUGCUAGCAUUGCGGAUUAUGUGAAGAGAUUUGAAAGAGGCAAGUAUUUUGCUAAAAUAAUUACCGGCGAUGCUACUAUGGAGCUUAAUCACUUUCUAGAGGGACUGAACCCUACAAUCCGUAGGGAUGUGAGGCUGAGCAAUCCCUCUUCUAUGAGGGAAAUGGUUGACCGAGCUUUAAUGGCUGAGAAAGACAGCCAGGAUAUCUUAAGGGAGGCUCAGGCAAAAAGGGCCAGCUAUCAAGGGAGGGAUUUCCAUGGGCCAGCAAUGAAGAAGCCUUUCAAUCAGUCCUACACUCGAACUGCUUUGCCCCAUUCAUCCUAUAACCAGACUGCUAACUCCCAGCAUUCACAGCAGCAGCCAAAGAUAUUCUCAACGGCCACAACAGCAACAACAACCGAGGUGAAUAUGGUCAAGGUGCUUUGGCACAACAGCUCAGUGGAAGAAGCAACAAUGGAAGUAGAACAGGAUAUGCAGAAGAAUUAUCCUGAGUUAUUCUAUACACAGCCCUAGCUAUUAUGUACUUGAAGGAAGGAGUCUUGGAGGGGAGCAAUCUGAUGGAAAUGAGUGUGGGAGGAGGGACCAAGGCUGAUUGGACUUAACUUGUCUUUUUGUCUAAUCUUAUAUUUUUGGGGUCUUUACUUGCUGUCUAAUGGAGCAUGUACACAAGACUUGUAUAGAAUCAUGAUAGUUGUGAUGGAUUAUAGCUUAUUUUGUAGUAGCUUCUUUUGGCUGUGAUAAGAGCAUGAAUAUAUGAAUUAUAUUUUGAA